AUGUCCUAUCGAGGUCUCCGAAUCGCCAGAGCUGUGCGAGCAGUCACCACGCAGCCCACCGUCAUCCCCAGCCGCACCUUUGCCUUUUCAGCAACCCAGAAGCUGGGCCUGAAGGAAUCAUCAAACCAAACCGACGUCGACUACGACCACCACAAAAAGGACUCCCUCGAGAAGCAGAAGAAGGGCUCCGGCCACUGGAAGCCCGAGCUCGCGUCCGACAGCGAGGAGGCCGUCAAGGCGGACCGGGCGUCGCGCGAGCGCACGCCCGAGGAGCUGAGGGCGCUGCAGGAGAGGACCAAGAAGGCUGCUGAGGAGACGAGCAAGGCGGGGACCAGCAUGAGGGACGGGCUGUGA